AUGGGGAACUUCAUGUCACUCGCAACAGGCUUCUUUUGGGGCUCUGCCAUCACAGGAGCUGCCUCUUUUUUGUAUUUCAAUGGUCAACGACGACCUCAAAUUGACGAGUUUUCGCUGGCCUUGGAAGAGCGUCAAAAGUCGAUUCGACGAGAUGUGGAAUCGGUCAAUUUCUUGUCGGAUCUCGUCAAGCGGUUGUGGGUACACUUAUCUCCAGCGAUUGGUGAUACUAUCGUGGCCGCCGUCGAACCCAUGUUCAAAGAUAUGUUGCCUGGACCGUUGAGUUCGCUCAAGUUUACCAAGUGCGAUCUGGGCAAGGUUCCAUUGACUCUCGAUAACAUUGUGGUUCACCCAUUGAAGAAUGGAAAGAUUCAAUGUGAUGUUGAUAUGAUUUGGGACGGUGCUUGCGACAUUAAUCUCGCCGCUGGAAAGCUCAAGCUGGGGGCCCAAAAUGUCAAGCUCAUGGGACGCUUGCAGUUGAUCUUCAAGCCAUUGUCGGAUGUUCUUCCCUGUAUUGGAGCAAUUCAAUAUGGAUUCAUCAACAAGCCAGCGCUUGUCAUUGAUUUUACCGGUCUCGGUAAUGUCGCCGACCUGGGAGGCAUUGACGCUAUGAUUCGCGGUAUCAUCAAGGGUGCCAUUUCUGGCGUCAUGGUCCUGCCCGCUCGUUUGUGCUACAAGAUGGACGUCAACUGCGAUUACCGGGAUGCCUUUGUGGCUCCGGAAGGAAUUGCUCGCUUGACUGCUGUUAGAGGACGUGGCUUUGUCAUUGAAAAGAAAACUAUCGGCAAAGACGAUAUUCCCGAUUGCUACUUGAAGAUCUCUCUUGGAGACAGGACUUGGACUACCUCUGUCAUCAAGGACGAUUUGUCGCCCAAAUGGCUCGAGACUGGUGAUUUCUUGCUAAGUGACUACGACCAACACGUCCGCGUCGAAGCUUGGGACGAAGACAGUGGUACUAUGGAUUCGGAUGACUUUUUGGGACAAGUUGAAUUCACAGUUGCCGAGCUCAUGUUGUCUGGCAGGACAAAAGAAUUUGAAUUGCUCGAUGAUAACAACAGUCCUGUCGGGGCCUUUGUCACUAUGCACUGCGAGGUUGCCAACCUUGUCUCGAAUCCCACCAGUUUUUCGAUGCCGCCACCCGCCAACCACCUGGGUGGCUUGUUUACGGUCAUGGUCACCAAGGCCUUCAAUCUUCCUCUCAAGAAGGAGGAUUGCGAAUCCUUCGUCAGGAUUAAGUACGGAAAGCAAGAACCACUCCUUACUGGUAUUGUCACACAUCUUCCCGAUUAUCCCUACAUUGAUGCGUUGAACCCAGUAUACGAUGUUUCCUACGUCAUUCCUAUUACCCCGGAAAUGAUCGAAGGAGGCCUGCCUGAUGUUACUUUUGAACUCACUAACACUUGGGCAAAGCAAACCGUGUUGGGAAGUCUCACUAUUCCCCACCAAGAAAUGUUGGAAGCCAAGGACAAUACCAUCAAGGAUACCCGAACCAUUGGCAGUGCCCAAUUGGAAUUCCAAGUUUCUAUCCAAGGAUUCGAUGAACAUAGCAAGUUUGAUGCUACCAAGGUGGUCCGCAAGUCUAUCCCCAAAAUCUCGGCCACUGGAACCACAGAAGAAGCAGAUGUCCAGCAAGUCAAGGUCACAAUCUUGGGUGGCCAAGGAUUCAAGAUCAAGAAGAAGAAGCUUCGAAAGAAUGAUAUACCUGAUGUCUACUGUAAUGUCAAAUUUGCAUCUUCGCCAAAUGUGUGGCGAACCGCAACCAUCAAGGACAGUGUCAAUCCCAUUUGGAACGAGUCUAAGAUUUAUAAUUUGGCCAACGAGCGAGCUAUCAUCAACAUCCAAGCCAUGGAUGCCAAUAAGCGAGGGGACGAUACCGAAUUGGGUGGAUUCCGUGUCCAAGUCAGUAAGAUUUUGUUGAAUGGCGGAAAGAUGGAUUUGGAAUUGGAACAAGGAGGAAAGGGACAAGAGGCCUACAUCACCGUCCAAUGUGAAUUGGUAUCGGGCGGUGACAAGAAAGACCAAUAG